AUGGCCGCGCGGAAAGAGGCCGAGAGGAAGCGCGUCGCGGAUGAACGUGCAGCGGCCAAAGAAGCGCAGAAGGCUCAGCAGAAAUAUGACCGCGACGCUGCUAAGGCGGCCAAGGAGGCGGAGAAGUCGUACCAGAAGAAGCUGGCCGAUGCCAAUCGAUUACGAACGUCCAAGGUCGAGGCGCUACGGGAGAUUGAGUUGCAUCUGGCGUAUGACCUGUCGUUACCUUCGUCGCCUAUCGCGGGUGCGUUGCCGGAGGUCAAAUUCCGUUUUGAGGACAACCGAUCCUCCCUGCACUACAUGACCGAGGAGGAAACCGUUGCGCCCGGCACGAUCCGAUUCCUGCGCCGCGUCAAGGCCGUGUGGGACGCCACGACGAAGAGGUUUACCCCACUGGACGCCGAGCGCCUCGAGUGGGAGCCUACGCUUGUCAUGGUGACAAGCGUGGAUGGGAUCGUGGACCGCCUCGCUGAGAGCGAGGACAUGUUCAUGGAGUGGCUGAGCGACAUCCGGCUGGCCGUCGCGAACAGACCCAACGAGCAGGUGUUUCUGCUUGUGAAAGGGUUAGCCAAGUACCACUCCAAGACAGCGUCGAUUGUGAACCGUACUCACCGCGAGAAUGUGAGCGCCGCGCUGCACGAUACUAAUGCGCGCCCCGCGCGCCCCGCGGUGGGUCGCCGCGUCACCAAAGAUAUGGUGGACAAAUCUCUCCUGCGCGCCCAGGUCGAGCAGCACGUGUUCGUCGUCCUCGUCGAAGAGACGGAGGAAAUCGAGGACUGGCUGUUCAACCUCGCGGCAGACGUCGCGUUCCGCCCCUACAAGAAGCUCACGAAGAGCCAUCUUGCCUUCGCGCCGCCGGAGGGGCAGAAGAAGGGCACAGAGCCUGGCGAAGUGCUCGAGCUCAUGCUUCAGGAGGUGCCGGGCCUCACAACCUCCGCCGCACUCGGCGUAUCCCGCAACUACCCCUCGCUAAGGAGUCUGAUGGAGGCGUACGAGGACGACGGGGACGGCGCAACUCUCCUUGCCGGCUCCUCGGUGGGCAAUCUCGCGAAUGGGGUGGCCACGCGCCGCACCCUCGGUCCGGCGCUGAGCAAGAAAGUGUACGAGAUCCUUCGCGGUGACGAUCCGCUCGCGCUCCUCUGA